AACACUGAUUACUACAACGAAACGUCAUUUAUAUCUUGUUCCCAGGGCACUUACCCCUCUUACUGACAGUUUUUGCUGUCAAAGUAUCAGAUGAAUGUAAAAUAAAAAGUUUCAGUGUAGUUAUUAAUAUUUGUGUCGUGCAACCUCUUCUGCUAACUUCUAUUAUAACCUAUCUUAUUUAUCUGUCAAAAUGCCAGCAGCACCAGCUCCAGCUCAGGGCGCCGCGGAAAAUGGGGCUCCCAGAACAGAACUUCAGGAACUUCAACUCAAGGCCGGACAGGUUACAGAUGAGUCUUUGGAGAGUACCCGGCGUAUGUUGGCGCUCUGCGAAGAGAGCACCGAGGUCGGGAUGAAGUCCCUGGUCAUGCUGGAUGAACAGGGCGAGCAACUAGACCGGAUCGAGGAUGGCAUGGAUCAAAUCAACACCGACAUGCGCGAGGCCGAGAAAAAUCUCACCGGCAUGGAAAAAUGCUGCGGACUGUGCGUCUUACCAUGUCAAAAGGGUUCUUCGUUCAAAGAGGAUGAGGGUACAUGGAAGGGAAACGACGAUGGAAAAGUGGUCAAUAAUCAGCCGCAACGGAUGAUGGACGAUCGCAACGGCCUUGGACCUCAAGGCGGAUAUAUCGGAAGGAUUACGAACGAUGCUCGCGAAGAGGAAAUGGAAGAAAACGUUGGUCAGGUAAACACAAUGAUCGGUAAUUUACGUAACAUGGCCAUCGACAUGGGCUCCGAAUUGGAGAAUCAAAACAGACAGAUUGACCGCAUCAACUUGAAGGGUGACAGCAACGAAACGCGCAUAGCAGUGGCAAACCAGCGCGCCAACAAACUCCUCAAGUCCUAAGGGGUCGAAACGCCUUUUAUACUCUCCUCUCUCUAUCUGUAUUUCAAUUCUCUCGAUGUUUAUUAUUAUGGCCAUAGCUUAGCAGCGCUAUUGUCUAGUUAUUUGCUAGUUAAACUACUUUUUAAUAAUAGAUUAGAUUCAAUCAGGUGUCUAUUAGUCAACAUACGGGGUUGUUGUUUGCCGUCAUUCGACAACUGUUGUUUACGUAGCUGGCAUUUCAAGACCUUGAUGUUGAGUGCCUGAUUUUGUAGCUGUUCAGUUUAUUAAAAUAAUGUGUAAGGAAAUAUAAUAUAAAAAUAUAAAAUAGCAAUAAUAAAAUUGGCAGCUUUGUAACCAAUAGUUGUUAAAUGGUCUACUUGUGAGAAAAAUUAAAUGUUUACCCCUCAAAUGAAAUGAAUGUAAGGGUUAAAAUAUAUAAGCAAAGGUUAAAAUGUAGUUAAUUUGUUUAGAGCUACGUAUAAAUUUGUUAAAUGUAGGCAAUUGCAAUAUAAUAACAUAAGCCCAAUAUACUUAAUAAUAAUAAUAAUAAACAACUUAAUUAUUUAGAAAAGUACAAAUGCCUGAAACAGUGAGAAGCAUUAGAUGUACAUUUAUUACCCAUUCAUUUCUAUUAUUUAUAUUCUUCGAUCUAUAUGUUGACUAAUGGAAACUACAAAACAGUAUUAUUAAAAGAACUUAUUUUGAUAUAUUUACAAACGAUUUUGUGCUAAUUAACCCUUUAAAUUCCAUUGGUUAUGUGUUGACCAAGGUCAAAUAAGGCACAAUUAUCGCACAUAACCGAACAUAUCCACUGUUGAAUGGAUUUUUCACUGUAUCUAGCGCUCCUUUUAAUUUCAUUAAUAUUAUUAAAGCCCGUUUUUUGUUUGGAUGGCAAUGGCCAUGUAGCAGCACCACUUCAAAAGCUUAAUUCUGUGACAUAGGUAACUUAACAAUUAGAAAAAGAUUUUCAUCUAAAAGAAAAACGGACUUUAUUGCGUGUUAUUAAAUUAUAAAAGAUGAUAUUAUCAGAUAAAGGUGUGGUGCUCUUACGUCACCGUAAUAGCUUUAAACUGUUACAUAAUUGUAAAUUGUACCAGUAUUUCAUAUUUAAUAAAAUAACAUUGUGAUGUGAAGUUUGGAUUGUUAUUACGUACGUUUGUAAAUAAGGAUGUCUGUUAGCUGUAAAUAAUUUUGUUUUGUACUAGUAACUGAAUUGCUGGUACAUGAAUUGUGGAAUUAUUUGCUAUUUUCUAAUGUUUUUGUUCAAGUUUGGCACAGUUUAUAUCUUAAUACUACUGCUUACCUGUAAAGGGACUGCUUUUAUUUAGUUUAUUUAGUUACCUCAAUAAACCUGUCAGAAUUGACUUCUUCCAAAGCAUUUUUAAUGGCUUAAUUUUUUAUGUACAGAUCUUAUUUAUUUAUAUUUUUAUCCAUAUAUCUAACUAUCUAUCUAUCUAUCUAGUAAUAAAUAAGAGGAUGAAGUGAUAUUUACUUAUUAAUGAUAAAUGGGCUGUUGUAUUGCGAAAUUAUUUUUUUCGCAAUAUAACGCUGUUUUUGCGUAAUAUUUAGAACAGCUUAUAGUUACUUAGGAGUCAUUCCAGAAUGGCUUAAUUUUAACUAAUUGUAAUAAAUUACAUAUUUACAAACCAUGUAUUAUUCUAAUAAUGUAUAAUAAUGUAGAAUAGUUAUCUCAGAAAUUAUAAUAAAUAAUUGAAAU